CGUCUUAAAGGUCGCUCCCUCCCCUUUGUGCGCUACGCGGUCGUCAAACCAAGUAACCCGUGCUCGGGACCGACCAACACCUUUCCGUCGAGCAAUGACGUCUCGAUCACGCAAAGAUCGAGCUGUUCCUCUGACUUCUACGACAUCAGACGAGCUGCACCUUUGGCAAAAUGCAAAGGGUCACAUCAAGACGUUUCAGGAGCUUCGAUCGGCCCAUGCUGCCGCUUGGUCAGCAUACGAGUCGCACAAGGCCAGGUGGGCUUCCAGUCACUCAGACGAUGGCGCGAGCGAGAUGAGCAAUGGAAGUGGUAACGGCGGACCUAGCGACGAGAUCAGGGACGAGCUGCUCUCGACUUGCCAACAGCUGAAGAAAUCCAUGGAAGAAGAACAGAGGGAGAUCGACUAUGCAGUUGAGCAGGUCGAAUUGCUCAUGGCUGUUCGUGAUGAUGUGGGCGUGGCCGAUUCGACACCGAAACAGCAGAGGAAAAAAAGAAAAGCCGACAGCAUGGCUUCUGCGUCGACCUCGCCGACGACGCAAGUAUCAUCAUUGUCAAAGGAACGAGGGCUCUCGCCGCUUUCUUUGCGCGAAGAGGCCUCAGUAAACCAAGCGAUCGGUGGCCCUGCCCCCGAGCAAAAGAAGCGGAAAGCGAGCAAGUCGACCGGUUCAUCGGCAAGUGUCACGCCGCAGAGAAGGGGGACACUCAAAGCCGAUGUCGAUGGGGCCGCAACUGCCACCGCUGCCGCCGCGGCUGCCUCGGCCUCUUCGUCGGCUUCUGGCUCCGCCGCAAACGCAGCAGCAGGUCAACAGAGCACGCCUAGUGCCUCCACUACCAGCGGCUAUGUGGACCCGGCCCGGGCUCGCCGCGAAGUCCUCGGUGGCCAACUGCCCCUCAAGGUCGGGAGGAGAGUUGCCUUUCGCCAACCUCCAAAGUCCAAGGCCGGACCCGGAGCGGCCAGUACAGGGGGCGAGUCCGUCGACCCGUCAGCAGGUGGAGCUGAUGACGAUGGCGAGACAUGGAUUUUGGCCGUCAUUACAGAUUGCAUCAAUAACGACCGCAACCGGUACGUUGUCAAAGACGCCGAAGACGCCAAGGACGACAAUGCACCAACCUACAAAACGACGCUCAAAGCCAUUGUUCCCCUGCCUGAAUCGCUCCAGACAUUGCCGUCGGAGGAUUACAAGAUCGGAACCCAGGUCAUGGGCCUCUACCCCGACACAUCCUGUUUCUACCAGGCAGUAGUGAAGGGAGGCGGGCCUGGUCUUAGCGGCAAGAUCACCAACAAGAUGCUGAGAAGGGCAAACGAAAUCCUCAAUGCUCCCUACCAUCUCGAAUUCGAAGAUGAUGGCCAGGACAUCAAACAGAUCCCUGCAUCCCUCGUCGUGGAGCGUCCUUGACGCUUUGUUCUUCUAAUCUCCUGUAACUUUAUUAACAUCGAGCAUUCUGUGUAAAAGCGUCGUUGCAGACUCUG